UCCGUUUUGGCUGAUUACUUUGCACUGUGUUCUGGCAGGAUCUGGUUUCUCCACCCAUUCUCAUUCUCUGGGAUCUCCAGUCCCUGUUGUUUUCAGGGCCGAGACACACCUGGGUGGGAGAGGAGAGCGUGGAGUGAGAGGGACUGCCGUUCAGUGCACAGACGGGUUCACAUGGCAGUUAUGCGAGCAGGGUUUUAUUCACAGCAUAGAAAUGAAAUGAAAUACAGAUGUGUAAUUUAUCCUCUGCAAGCUCUGGGAAACUGGGCUCUGAUGGUUUCCCUGGAAUGAACCUGUCUCUAAAGCCCUUUCUAGAAAACGUUGUUCUCUGUAACCUGUCGGAUGCUUUAACCUUUUGUCAUGCUGCUUUCCAGUUUCUUAGAGACAUUGACAGCACAGGUGACUUCUGUCAGCAAGGAAAUGUGGACUCAGAAGCUGUUCUUCUAGACAGAGUCACUGUGUAACGUCACAGCUGGCUCAGGGCACAGGUGCGUGUUCCUGCUCUGCCCAAGAGGUAGAGAGGAAGGGCCCAUGCAGACACGGUGUGGGGGAGGCCGGAGCACUCAACACCGAGGCCACACUGCUGCGAACCUAGCUAAACCGUUCCUCUGGUGGGUUUCCUGUUGCUUGUCUGUAUCUCUGAGCAACCGCAGACCCCCACUGCCUGAAGUGGGUAUUAACUCUGCAGCAAUGCACAGGUUAGCUGAGGGCCGCUCUGCAGUGCCCAUGCCGGCGUCUGUACUCACAUUGGCCGGGUACUUAGGGUUUGCAGAGUGAGAGCCGAGGACUGAAACUCCUCAAAGCAAGACCCCCUCCCCUAGGAAUGGACUCCUCCAGUUCCCUCACAUGGUUGUUCGGGCACUUUCUCUUCUCCAUAUAUAGGAGUCACGCAGGGGCAAGCCUGGCCAGUGGACAGAGUGACGCAUCUGUGUCCUGCCCACCCUCUCUGCUGGCCAUCCUCCUUACUCUCACACGCUCACAGCAGCUGGGCAGAACCGAUCCCUGCGGCUUUGCCAAAGACUAGCCUACUGGGGUUGGAGGAAGAAACUCUGGCAAGGCUUGGCUUUGAGCUCACUGCCUUGAAGAAGCUGAGUGACAGCAGGCGGGAAGAUGAAUGGGCCGGUGGACGGCUUGUGCGACCAUUCCCUAAGUGAAGAAGGAGCCUUCAUGUUCACAUCAGAGUCUGUCGGGGAGGGACACCCAGAUAAGAUCUGCGACCAGAUCAGCGAUGCGGUGCUGGAUGCGCACCUGCGGCAAGACCCCACUGCCAAGGUGGCCUGUGAGACGGUGUGUAAGACGGGCAUGGUGCUGCUGUGUGGGGAGAUCACCUCCGCGGCCACGGUCGACUACCAGCGGGUGGUGAGGGACACCAUCAAGCACAUCGGCUACGACGACUCCGCCAAGGGCUUCGACUUCAAGACCUGCAAUGUGUUGGUGGCUCUGGAGCAGCAGUCUGCGGACAUCGCCCAGUGUGUCCACCUGGACAGGCACGAAGAGGAUGUCGGCGCGGGGGAUCAGGGCCUGAUGUUCGGCUACGCCACGGACGAGACAGAGGAGUGCAUGCCGCUCACCGUCAUCCUCGCCCACAAGCUCAACGCCCGCAUGGCAGACCUGAGGCGCUCUGGUGUCCUCCCCUGGCUGCGGCCUGACUCCAAGACCCAGGUGACAGUCCAGUACACGCAGGACAGUGGUGCCGUCAUCCCUGUACGCGUCCACACCAUCGUCAUCUCCGUGCAACAUGACGAGGACGUCACGCUGGAGGAGAUGCGCCGGGCCCUGAGGGAGCAGGUGAUCCGGGCUGUGGUACCCGCCCGCUACCUGGAUGAAGACACCAUCUACCACCUGCAGCCCAGCGGGCGGUUUGUCAUCGGCGGUCCCCAGGGGGAUGCGGGCGUCACUGGCCGGAAGAUCAUCGUGGACACCUACGGGGGCUGGGGGGCUCACGGCGGCGGGGCCUUCUCCGGGAAGGACUACACCAAGGUGGACCGCUCAGCUGCCUACGCGGCCCGCUGGGUGGCCAAGUCCCUGGUGAAAGCAGGCCUCUGCCGGAGAGUGCUCGUCCAGGUCUCCUACGCCAUCGGUGUGGCCGAGCCGCUGUCCAUCUCCAUCUUCACGUACGGAACCUCUCGGAAGACAGAGCGGGAGCUGCUGGACGUGGUGAAUAAGAACUUUGACCUCCGGCCAGGCGUCAUUGUCAGGGACCUGGACCUGAAGAAGCCCAUCUACCAGAAGACGGCGUGCUACGGCCACUUCGGGAGAAGCGAGUUUCCGUGGGAGGUUCCCAAGAAGCUUGUGCUUUAGGGCUAAGAGGCAGAGCCUGGUCUCACCUGCCUCUCCAGGGCCCCCAGCUCAGACCUGCCAGGUCUCUCCUGGGCACCCCACACCUCUCCCGCAGACCUCUGUCCCUCCUGGGGGCCCCCGUGCCCCUCCUGCAGAUCCCUGUCUCUCCUGGGGGCCCCUGUACUCCUCCCAUAGAUCCCUGUCCCUCCUGGGGCCCCCCCAUACCCCUUCCGCAGAUCCCUGUCCCUCCUAGGGGCCUCCACACCCCUCCUGCAGACCCCUGUCCCUCCUGAGGGCCCCUGUACCCUUCCCUCAGACCCCUGUCCCUCCUGGGUGCCCCCACACCCUUCCCUCAGACCCCUGUCCCUCCUGGGGCCCCCCACACCCCUCCCACAGAUCCUUGUCCCUCCUAGGGGCCUCCACACCCCUCCUGCAGACCCCUGUCCCUCCUGGGGGCCCCCGUACCCCUCUCGCAGACCCCUGUCCCUCCUGGGGGCUCCCGUACCCCUCCCACAGACCCCUGUCCAAGCAUCACCAGGAAUGGCAGGACAGGUGCUUGCUGGUGCUGAAGGCUACAUCUGCUGUGAGGACAGUUACAAAGGCCCCAGCUCCUCCUUCGGACCAGGGCAACAUGGAUUUAGUGGGAAAACCACCCCAUGGAGAAUGAACCCCUCAGUCACCUCCCCCACGGCCUGGACUAUGACCAGCCUCUCCCGGGCCAAGGUCAGCGGAUCUCAGGGCUCAGGGCUCCUUGCAGGCCUGGCAUGGUGGGCUCCCAGCACACCCGUGGGCGCACACCAGAGCCAGGGCCUUUGCAUCCGGAGUGGGAGUGGGGGCUGGUGUCCCUCAGCUGCCCUGACUGAAGAGCAGUGCAAGGGGCUGAGGUAAUGGCGGCCCCAUCUCUUCUUCCUGUGACAGGCUGGGGUGGCACUGCUCAGCACUCCCACUAGUAAGUGGGGGUCCGAGGCACCGACACUUGGGUAACUUUCAGGCACCAGGGGCCCACACGCCCCAUCUGGUGCCAGAGACAGGCCUGAGUGGGGACGGGACAGACUGAAGUCAGCUGGGACUUUGCCCUGAAGGCCUGGGGUCCCGGGAAUUCCACGAUUAACCCACUGGUCCUUGGAGAGUCCUGGGCAAGGGUCUGCAAAGUCAAAGGGACCCAAAAGAUGGCCUUGCUUGUCCUGUUCACCCCACAAGGUGGUUCAGGCUGAGCUGGUAACCCUGUCUCUCAGGCCAGGCUCGAGUUUGGGGCCUUAUAAUCCCAGCUCCCCCAAGCACUCAGACACAUGCAGGCCUCAUCCGAGAGGCCGGGCGCCUCUGGGCACAGUGAGCCAGCACAAGCCCCAUCUGGGCUUCCUGGAGCAGGGAGCCAGCCCCUAGACCAGGCACCAGACCUCGGCUCCUCCCGCCUCGGCCCCUCGGACCCUCUGCAGGCUGAGGGCUGUUGGGGGACUUGGAACCCCCUCCAGAGAGGCCGGUCCUGAGGUCCAGACUCCUGAUGCUGGAUAGACCCAGCUGGCAGGGCUCCUGGUGACGAUCACCCAUGAUGCAUGGGACAGUCUGCCCUCCCUGGUGGCUCUUGGGGCAGGUCCUGGCCCCCCCGGGCUCCUGCCUUCCCACUGCCUCGCUGUCCUGGGCCUGGGGCUCUGACGGCAGCAUUUCUGGCUUCUCCGCAACUCCCAGGACCACAGCUCAGGUGGGGCCUUCAUGGGCCCUAGAACUCUGGGCACUUGGCUUCUUUCCAGAGCUGACGAUGCUCAUUCUGGCUGCGGUCGGGGGCAGGGGUGCACAGGACCCCCAGUCGGAAAGCAGCCUGCUUCUGUUUCCACGACGGAGCGGGAAGUUCAUUCCGGGCAGCAAAAGAAGCCCAAAGUGCCACCAACCCAGAGCUUGUGCGUGAAACGGAAACUCCCCUCCCCAUGGGCUCCUGGCUACCCAGGAGCCCUCACGUUGCUUCCAGGAGACAGGGACAGUUUGCAACGGCUGAGUUCCUAUUACUUGGGCCAUAUUCAAAGUGGAAAGUUAAAAUGUUAUACUGUCCCACUCCCUGUGUAAUGAGAUCUUCUUUUGCGUGUUUUCUGUCAGCAUUGUUUGAUGCUAAAGCCUUCAUUUGUCGAUAGAUCCUGUGUGGACAGUGAAUAAAACGGAAGGAGCCAC